AUGUUGUGUCAAGUGGUGGGUAGAUAUGAUGCUUCCAGUGAGGCUGCCGCACUCGAAGCCAUUGAGAAACUGGAAGAGCAGGAACUCAACCCGCUACAACAACGAGCAUGCCACGAAGUGCUUCGUUCCUUUGUGGAGCAGGACGCACAAUAUGCCAAAUGGAUCUUGGCAGAUGUGGCAAGUGGGUAUCGCCAAGAUGAUAAGGCCGAAUGCAUCAAAAUCACCUCGGCUAACAUCACCAGCUGGAGGAAACCCAUAGCGGCAUGGAUACACGAACUAGGACCGGACCUGGUGGUGCUGCAGGAAACCCAUCUCAAGACGGAGGGUAUCCAGCAAGCCAUGAGCCAUUGCCAAGAUAUGGGAUACACCUUCAUUGGCAUGCCAGGCAGUACAAAAACUAAGGGUGUACAAGGAGGCCUGGCAGUGGUGGCACCCCGACAUAGGAACCUGCGAUACCUUACUGAGUAUGGGACAGGACCGGCGGGCUUCCUGGCAUGUGCCAUGAGAAAUAAAGGCUGGGAUUUGAUCAUCGUCAGUCUGUAUUUGGAGAGCGGGGUCGGAUUCCAGGCUCCAAACAAUAUCCAAGUACUGGCGAGACUGAUAGCCUUUCUCAAGGGCUGCAAAGUGCCAUAUAUGGUGCUGGGUGAUUGGAAUGAAGCCCAGGAUACCAUGAGGGGCACAACUCUGGCGACAGAAGUUGGUGGUGCAUUUGUUGGAGUGGGGGAACCAACGGCCCAAGGAUCGGACGAAAUCGAUUACGGGCUGGUUGCGAAAUGCUUGGUGCCCAUCCUGCAAGUGAAAACGGAUUGGGAAACCCCUUUUCGGCCUCAUGCUGCAAUGCAUUGGAGGGUGGCCCAACCGUGCAGUAGCCCUGAUGUUCCCCAGAUGAAGAAGGCGGGAGCACUGGUGACGGAGACUGUGGAAUACGAACCAGUUCAAAACACACAGAGCAUCAACAUCUUGGAUGAACCCAAGAUGGUAGAUGAGCUCAGUGAGACAUUUGCUCACCUGAGUGCCGGUGUGGAGAGGUCGAUCACAGGCCGAAUCGACGGUAUGGGUGUUAAAUCGGAGAUUGUGCGGAAGAAAUUGGUGGUCAACAACCCGGAGAACGUUGUCUGGACGGGCAAGAGGGCGGCCUUUUGGAACCGGGUCCAACAAUGGGUCAAACAAGGCAGACAUCAUGGCGAUGCACAUCCGGUGGCGCGUCUGGUCCAACGCAGGCUCGGCGAGUAUUACGAGGGUGAUGCGCAGAACCAGGAGGAUAUGCUUGCGAGUAUCCUGGGCCGGGGUACGGACGCUAGGCUUGUUCUGAAGCGCAUCGACGAACAGCAAUGCUACGCGAGAAAGGCGGAUAUGGAGGAGACAGCCCACCAGUACAAGCAAUGGCUCAGUAAGGCCAUGGAAAAGGGCAUGCGACCAUUAUACAAUGCCUUGCGAAAAGAAGAACAAGUGGUACACAGACCCUACAUGGAAUAUGACAUGCUGGAACGGCCACACAUUCGCCGAGACCACUGGGCGGCAGUGUGGACGACGGGCCAGCCGUUGGCAAAAUCGGCCUCGCUCAUGACGGAGCUUGAGGAUGCAGCCAAAAAACAAGCGGCCAGCGUGGAGCCGCUGAACCCUGUCGAGGUCAAGGCAAGGAUCAAAAAACUGGCACUAAAGAGCCCGGGGCCGGAUGGCUGGAGGAUUGACCAUUUGCAGGCCAUGGACGAUAAAGCAGUUGAAGCCGUUGUGUCCUUCUACCAUGAAUGUGAGGCCAAGGCAGCAUGGCCGCAGCAAAUGACAGUCUCCCUUAUAGCAAUGCUGCCGAAGAAUCUGACCCGGGGAAGACCAAUCGCCUUGCUACACAUCCUGUACAGGACUUGGGUCCGUCUGCGAUGGGAUUUGGUAAGUACUUGGCAGGCAGGCUAUGCCACAACUGCCACGUACGACAAGGCAGUCCCAGGCAGUUGCUGCUUGGACGUGGCCGUAGGCAGACUACUGCGAAAUGAGGUGGCAAAGACAAAUGGAGUGCAUGUGGUGUCACUCUUUGUGGACCUCGAGUCCUUUUUCGAUACCAUCCAAUUUCAGCAAUUGAUCAUGGCAGCAACGGCCCUGCAAUAUCCACCGCUAAUCCUGAAGAUGGCACUGGAAGUGUACAUGGGUGCCAGAUACUUGGUGGCGGAUGGGGUGCUAUCGGCAGGCAUCAGAGCUACAAAUGGCGUGCAAGCGGGUUGCCCAGCGGCGCCAUCGUUAGCAAAGGUGGCAUUGCGCCCGGUGAUAGAAAAGAUCCAAAGGCGACGAGAUGUGGCAAACGUGGACUGUUGGUUGGAUGAUGUCUCAAUUGACAUCCAGCAUAAGUCCUUUAAACACGUGGCGGAUAGUGCCAUACGAGUCUACCGCUGCUUAAAGGACGGGAUGGAUGCUAAUGGUUUCACGAUUUCAUCCAAGAAGACAGGGUUUGUGGCCAGCAGUACCCAGGCGAGCAAGCACCUGCGUGAACUCCUGCUGCCUCAUGAGCCACAGGUGUACGACGUGAUGCGUGACCUGGGCGUCGACAGUACAGGGGGGCGAAAGCGUCGCUUGGUGACGUCGGCAACGCGGGCCAAGAAAGCCCAUGCGAGACAUAGCAAACUGUCUAGGCUGGGGCCGCCGCCCAGCACUAAACUCCGCGUGGUCAAGGCAGCGAUCACAUCAGUUGCUUUGUGGGGGCACCCCUCUGUGGGGGUCUCACCCAAAAGAAUGAAAUGGCUCCGAACAGUGGUAGGAAAACACCUGGGUAAAUACAAGCUUGGGAGUUUGGAAACCAUCUUGGACAUGGGAGCCAAGAAAUGCCAGGAUCCAAAGCGCACAAUCCACAAGCAGCAUUUCAAAGUGGUGGCCAAAGUUUUCCGUGCAUGGAUCGGUGGCGGAAAAGCCCACUUUGACUUGGCCUGGAAAACCACUUGGAAGAGGUUGAGUGCGGCCAAACACCACUGGCCACUGGUCACGGGGCCGAUGGCAGCAACCAUGGCGUACUUACUGGAUCUGAAGGUGGAUGCCAGUGACCCAGGCAAAUGGAAGAGAGGAAGUGUCCUCAACGUUGAUUGGACCCAGCCACGCAUGGGUAGCCUCGCCUACAAAUGGCUUGAGGGAUUCCUGGAGGAACAGAAGCGGGCUGCGAUAGCGCGACAGGCAGGUGGCGCUGGUGCCCAAGAGGGGCUGGAUUGGACGCCGCAUCACAAGCUGACGAAGCUGGGAGGCCUCAGCCCAGGCCUUAUGGAAGGUAUAAAGUCAGUGUGGCACGCGGGCGUCAUCACGGAGUCCAAGCCAGGAUGGUGCAAGAAGUGCCAAAUGCCAGCAACUCUGGAGCAUGUCCUCAAGGAAUGUCCUUACUGGCGUGAACAAGGGUUCAAAGAACCCAAGCUCCAGGAAUACUUGCGUCACAAAUACCCAUGGGAGUGUCUGUGGACAAGGGCACUCCUGCCAAAGCCGGCGGUGUGGCACCCGAAGCCGCCGGAACACCUUUUAGGUCUACGUUACCAAGGAUGCUUUGCAGCAGAUGCAAAAGUGGAAGCGGAAGGCUUGAUCUUCGCCACUGACGCAAGUGGAGGUCCAGGAGGAAUAGACCCACGUGUACAAACAUCAGCCCUCGCAGUGGUGGCUCUGUCCUGGACAAAAGGUGUCCUGGUGGAAGCCGGACGGAUUACAGAGCUGGUCUACCCGUGGCAGCCGGUGGUGGACAUGGAGCGCCGUGCACUUUUCCGACUAAUGGAGCACACGGAGGAUCUGAUUGAUGUCACUAUGGAUUGCAAGCCGGCAGUCCAAGUGCUACAAAAAACACAACCGCCGGAGGAUGACCUGGAAUGGAGCAAAGUGUGGAAUGACAGGAAACGUAUCAAGGCAACCUGGGUCCCGUCCCACAAAACUGAAGAGGAAUUCCUGGCGAAGAUGGGGCCGGGCACGUUGUGGCGACGUGCAGCGAAUGACAUGGCAGACAAAGUAUGUGGAGCAGUAGCGGCGGCUGCUUACAGCCCAGCGCACAAGAGGCGUGUCAAAGAGUUGGACAAUGUGGUGCGCACACUUUCCCUGGCGUACGGUGCACGCGCAGCCCACAUACUGAGGAAGCGCAAAGAAGAAGACUUCCCCUUCAUUCUGGACCAUGCGCAUUACAAAGAGAAGAUGGAGGCCUCGCAGAAAGCUGAGGGAUGCAAAAAAGCGCAGGGCAACGCCAAACUCAACAAACGCCAGCGGCUAUGGCAGUUGCUUAAAGUGGUCUUGGAGCAGUACUGCGUCAACCAGCCGGAGGCCAGACACCCGGAGCAGACUUGGGAUAGGGAAGAGGAGAGUGCUUCGGAAUCUCCGGUGGGUCCGGUACGCCUACGGGAGAGAGGAGAAGACAGCGCGGCCUCGCACCAAGCUGAGGGUGUCAAUGAAGAGCGAGAGGCAAGCCAGCCUCGCACAGUCACACUGGCGGAAGGACCAGGAGGGCAAAGCUUACAGCCUAGCGUGCUUCCCUUCAUAGGUGCAGGGCGCACUCGAAGAGGAUAUGCUCUGGAUCGGCUAUGGGUCAUGAAACUGGCGAUGGAACCCCAGAGCUUUGGCAACGAAGCAGGGUAUGGGGAACAAUUCCCCACCCUGGUCACCAGGACCCUGUGGGCAGGAUGGAUUGGAGUCCUUUUCGACGAAGCGGUGGAGGGUUACUGCCACCACUACUUCUAUGGAAGUAUCAUCCGCAGGGCAGAGCUGUUCAACACAUGGUGGCAGGAACAUCGCCAUGAAGCCGGGGUCCUCAGACAGUCCCUGUUUUACCUGGUGGCUAUAACGUCAUGGCUGACCAUGCAAGGAGUUGCUCUAUCGGAUGUCACGGUGAGCAACGUUGGGCGCGACCCAAUGUCAGGAUCGUUACCACGGGCAGUGUUCUUUGACACGGCGGAGUGGACGAUGCUGCAGGAGGAGAGAUACAAGCUAUCAAGCGGCCUUGUACGCCUCCUGGAGAAGUAUGAUGAGGAGCUACUGGCGUGGAAAAAGACCAACCACCGCGAGAAGGCAUGGCCAAGCCAGCGUAAGAGGUGGCAAUGGCCCAAAGAAGACGCUACAUGGUGGACAAGACAGGCCAAGAACAAAGAAGGGAUGGCCGACCAGGCCCUCACGAAGGCGUGGGGAACGCUUUCUAUGGAGGCAAAGAAGGCCAUCGAAGAAGCAGGAUGGAAGCCGCAGACGAUGGAGCCGGGGCCCAUUUGGCCCCCGGGACUACCAGGCAGUGGAUCGCAAGCCGAAAGCAUGACGCAAAAGGAGUACCACGCGGCCAUUGAAACGGUGUGGCAAGGAGCUGAGCCCGCAGUGCAAAGGCUGCUCAGAGCAGCGGGUAUUCCCCCGCCAGGGGACUACAAGCCUGAGGACGAGACGCCAAAGCAGGAGCUCAGCCGCCAUGUUGGUACAUACAGAAGGACGACAAACAAGCUGAGAUCACUCAUUGAGAAGAAGGUCCGGCUUCAAGACAAAACGGAAAAGAUCAAGAGCGAGUUCGAGCAGGCCAUGAAGCAGCUUGCGCAAGUCAGCCAGGCCAUCCAGGCCACGGAGCUUGAGGUUGCGGAAGCACAGAGGAAGUUACAAGCCUGUGUGAAAGAUGAAGAGGACUCGCCGUACAAGGACGUCGCGUCAUACCUGGAAAAGGAAGGGAUCAUCCUGUCCGAGGAGCAAGCGGAGGCGCUCAAAACGAAGAUGGCAGUCAAGGUCGUGGAGACAGACUGGAGUGGAGUCUUGGGACCAAGAGAGCCAGGCAUGCCAGUCGAAAUUGGCAUGUAUGGUCCGAUGCGCAUGUCUCGAGAUGUGUCAGUCAGGGCAACGCCGACGGGGCGCGAACGCUCGCCGGCGCGAAAACCCGAGGAGUCUCAAUGGGGAGACUCUGUUUACACUUUUGGUGGUGGCCAGAAGCAGUGUCAUGGGGACAUUGUAUGGCCACAGGCACAUGGGGAAGGCAGUCAAGCUGUGUCUAGUACCCAUGUGCCUAGUACAAACAGCACAGUGGAGGACAGCCAAGAGCGCUGGAGUCCAGUUACGAAAGGUCCUACUCCUGUCCGAGCUGUAGAAAGCAGUUGGGCGGUCACAGGGCCCAGAUACUUCCAUAUGACAAAGGAAGACAUCGAAGAGGAAUGUGAGCAUUCGGCCUCGCGAGAAGCUGAGGGAAGCCAAACACAGAUGAGAGACCAUGCAGCGGUUAGAGGGGAGAACAUGAAGGCCUCGCAGGAAGCUGAGGAAAUACGGUUUUCGGCCUCGCCGUGUGCUGAGGGUCGCAGAGGAAAACAAAAGCCCAAGAAGCGGAAAGCAAAACCCAAGGAACCACCAAAAGAUCUGCCACAGGAGUGGCAAACGCUAUGCCAAGUGGUGGGUAGAUAUGAUGCUUCCAGUGAGGCUGCCGCACUCGAAGCCAUUGAGAAGCUGGAAGAGCAGGAACUCAACCCGCUACAACAACGAGCAUGCCACGAAGUGCUUCGUUCCUUUGUGGAGCAGGACGCACAAUAUGCCAAAUGGAUCUUGGAAGAUGUGGCAAGUGGGUAUCGCCAAGAUGAUAAGGCCGAAUGUAUCAAAAUCACAGCGGCUAACAUCACCAGCUGGAGGAAACCCAUAGCGGCAUGGAUACACGAACUAGGACCGGACCUGGUGGUGCUGCAGGAAACCCAUCUCAAGACGGAGGGUAUCCAGCAAGCCAUGAGCCAUUGCCAAGAUAUGGGAUACACCUUCAUUGGCAUGCCUGGCAGUACAAAAAUUAAGGGUGUACAAGGAGGCCUGGCAGUGGUGGCACCCCGACAUAGGAACCUGCGAUACCUUACCGAGUAUGGUUCAGGACCGGCGGGCUUCCUGGCAUGUGCCAUGAGAAACAAAGGCUGGGAUUUGAUCAUCGUCAGUCUGUAUUUGGAGAGCGGGGUCGGAUUCCAGGCUCCAAACAAUAUCCAAGUACUGGCGAGACUGAUAGCCUUUCUCAAGGGCUGCAAAGUGCCAUAUAUGGUGCUGGGUGAUUGGAAUGAAGCCCAGGAUACCAUGAGGGGCACAACUCUGGCGACAGAAGUUGGUGGUGCACUUGUGGGAGUGGGGGAACCAACGGCCCAAGGAUCGGACGAAAUCGAUUAUGGGCUGGUUGCGAAAUGCUUGGUGCCCAUCCUGCAAGUGAAAACGGAUUGGGAAACCCCUUUUCGGCCUCAUGCUGCGAUGCAUUGGAGGAUAGCCCAACCGUGCAGCAGCCCUGAUGUUCCCCAAAUGAAGAAGGCGGGAGCACUGGUAACGGAAACCGUGGAAUACACACCGGUUAAAAACACACAGACCAUCCACAUCUUGGAUGAACCCAGGAUGGAAGAUGAACUCAGUGAGAAAUUCGCUCACCUGAGUGCAAGUGUGGAGAGGUCGAUCACAGGACGAAUCGACGGUAUGGGUGUCAAAGCAGAAAUCGUCCGGAAGAAAUUGGUGGUCCACAACCCGGAGAACGUUGUCUGGACAGGCAAGAGGGCAGCUUUUUGGAACCGUGUCCAACAAUGGGUCAAGCAAGGCAGACAUCAUGGAGACGCGCAUCCGGUGGCGCGCCUAGUCCAAAGUAGACUCAACGUGUACUAUGAGGGCGAUGUGCAGAGCCGGGAGGAUAUGCUUGUGAGUAUCCUGGGACGAGGCACAGACGCCAGACUUGUCCUAAAGCGCAUUGAUGAACAGCAAUGCUACGCGAGAAAGGCAGACAUAGAGGAGACGGCCCACCAGUACAAGCAAAGGCUCAGCAAGGCCAUGGAAAAGGGCAUGCGACCGCUGUACAAUGCCUUGCGGAAAGACGAACAAGUGGUACAGAGACCCUACAUGGAAUAUGACAUGCUGGAACGGCCACACAUUCGACGUGACCACUGGGCGGCGGUGUGGACGAAGGGCACACCGAUGGCACAAACGGCCUCGCUCAUGCUGGAGCUUGAGGAUGCAGCCAAAAAACAGGCGGCCAGCGUGGAGCCGCUGAAUCCUGAAGAGGUCAAGGCAAGGAUCAAGAAAUUGGCCCUAAAGAGCCCGGGGCCGGAUGGAUGGCGGAUCGACCAUUUGCAGGCCAUGGACGACAAAGCGGUCGAAGCGGUAGUGGCUUUCUACCAUGAGUGUGAGGCCAAAGCAACAUGGCCGAAACAAAUGACAGUCUCACUUAUUGCAAUGCUGCCUAAGAAUCUGACCCGGGAGAGACCAAUCGCCUUGUUGCACAUCCUGUACCGAACCUGGGUCCGAUUGCGAUGGGAUUUGGUAAGUACUUGGCAGGUGAGUUACGCAAAAAAUGCCAAGUACGACAAGGCGGUCCCAGGCAGUUGCUGCCUGGACGUGGCUGUAGGCAGACUGUUGCGAAACGAGGCGGCGAAGACAAAUGGUGUGCAUGUGGUGUCGCUAUUUGUGGACCUUGAGUCCUUUUUCGAUACCAUCCAAUACUUGGCAGCAGAUGGGGUGCUAUCGGCAGGCAUCAGAGCUACGAAUGGAGUGCAAGCGGGGUGCCCUGCGGCGCCGUCAUUAGCGAAAGUGGCAUUGCGUCAGACGAUUGACAAGAUCCAAAAGCGCAAAGAUGUGGCAAAUGUGGACUGCUGGUUGGAUGAUGUCUCAAUUGACGUCCAGCAUAAAUCCUUCAAACAAGCGGCAGACAGUGCGAUCCGAGUCUACCGCAGCUUAAAGGACGGGAUGGACGCAAAUGGGUUCACGAUUUCAUCCAAGAAGACAGGGUUUGUAGCCAGCAGUACCCAGGCGAGCAAGCACCUGCGAGAACUACUGUUACCGCAUGAGCCACAAGUGUACGACGUGAUGCGGGACUUGGGCGUCGACAGUACCGGUGGGCGAAAGCGUCGUUUGGUGACGUCGGCCACACGGGCAAAAAAAGCACAUGCCCGACAGAGCAAGCUGUCCAGGCUGGGGCCGCCGCCCAGCACUAAACUCCGCGUAGUCAAGGCCGCGAUCACAUCCGUUGCUUUGUGGGGGCACCCAUCCGUGGGGGUAUCGCCCAAAAGAAUGAAGUGGCUCCGAACAGUGGUGGGCAAACACCUGGGCAAAUACAAGCUUGGUAGUUUGGAAACCAUACUGGAUAUGGGAGCCAAGAAAUGUCAGGACCCGAAGCGCACAAUCCACAAGCAGCAUUUCAAGGUGGUGGCAAAAGUUUUCAGCGCAUGGAUUGGUGGAGGCAAAGCCCACUUUGAAUUGGCCUGGAAAGCCACUUGGAGGAGGUUAAGUGCGGCCAAACACCACUGGCCACUGGUCACGGGACCGAUGGCAGCAACCAUGGCGUACUUAAUGGAUUUGAAGGUGGAUGCAAGUGACCCGGGCAAAUGGAAGAGAGGAAAUGUCCUCAACGUCGAUUGGACCCAGCCACGCAUGGGUGGCCUCGCCUACAAAUGGCUUGAGGGAUUCCUCGAGGAACAAAAAAGGGCUGCAAUAACGCGACAAGCAGGUGGAAAGGGGGCCCAGGAGGGGCUGGAUUGGACGCCGCAUCACAAGCUGACGAAGCUGGGAGGCUUAAGCCCGGGCCUUAUGGAAGGGAUGAAGUCAGUGUGGCAUGCGGGCGUUAUCACGGAGUCCAAGCCUGGCUGGUGCAAGAAGUGCCAAGUGCCAGCCACUCUGGAGCAUGUCCUCAAAGAAUGCCCUUACUGGCGAGACCAAGGGUUCAAAGAACCCAAGCUCCAGGAAUACCUGCGCCACAAAUACCCAUGGGAGUGCCUGUGGACAAGGGCACUCCUGCCCAAGCCGGCGGUGUGGCACCCCAAGCCGCCGGAGCAUCUUUUGGGACUGCGCUACCAAGGAUGCUUUGCAGCAGACGCUACAGUGGAAGCAGAAGGCUUGAUCUUCGCCACUGACGCCAGCGGAGGUCCAGGAGGAAUAGACCCACGUGUACAAACAUCAGCCCUCGCAGUGGUGGCUAUGAACUGGAAAGAUGGUGAGUUGGUGAAAGUCGGACAAAUUACGGAGCUGGUCUACCCGUGGCAGCCGGUAGUGGACAUGGAGCGCCGUGCACUUUUCAGACUAAUGGAGCACACGGAGGAUCUGAUUGACGUCACAAUGGACUGCAAGCCGGCAGUCCAAGCGCUACAAAAAAUACAACCGCCGGACGAUGACCUGGAAUGGAGCAAAGUGUGGAAUGGAAAGCGUGUCAAAGAGCUGGACAACGUGGUGCGUACACUUUCACUGGCUUACGGAGAACGCGCAGCCCACAUAUUGCGGAGGCGCAACGAAGCAGAUUUCCCCUUCAUCCUGGACCAUGCGCAUUACAAGGAGAAGAUGGAGGUAUUGGAGCAGUACUGCGUCAACCAGCCGGAGGACGAGCAGCCGGAGAAAUUGACCCUCCAGGUGCGAAUCAAACUUGAGGAUUCGUGGAAACCAAUUUUGGAGGAGCAGUUCCUGGAAACAGACCCCAGGAACGAUUGGGUCUACCAAGCGGAGACCUACCUCAGUGAAGAGCGGAAGAAUCGGCCGGACAAAGGCAAGGGUAAAAGCAAGAACAAGCAGCAGGAUCAGCCCCGAGACCGUUCCCCGCUUCGACAGGCCAGACACCCGGAGCAGACUUGGGAUAGGGAUGAGGAGAGUGCUUCAGAAUCUCCGGUCCAAUUGGUCCGCAACCCAACGACAGGGCAAAGCUUACAGCCUAGGGUGCUUCCCUUUAUAGGUGCGGGGCGCACUCGACGAGGAUAUGCUCUGGAUCGGCUAUGGGUCAUGAAACUAGCGAUGGAACCCCAGAGCUUUGGCAACGAAGCAGGGUACGGGGAACAAUUCCCCACCCUGGUCACCAGGACCCUGUGGGCAGGAUGGAUCGGAGUCCUUUUCGACGAGGCGGUGGAGGGGUACUGCCACCACUACUUCUAUGGAAGUAUCAUCCGCAGGGCAGAGCUGUUCAACACAUGGUGGCAGGAACAUCGCCAAGAAGCCGGGGUCCUCAGACAGUCCCUGUUUUACCUGGUGGCUAUAACGUCAUGGCUGACCACGCAAGGAGUUGCUCUAUCGGAUAUCACGGUAAGCAACGUUGGGCGCGACCCGAUGUCAGGAUCGCUACCACGGGCAGUGUUCUUUGACACGGCAGAGUGGUCGACGCUGCAGGAGGAGAGAUACAAGUUAUCAAGCGGCCUCGUACGCCUCCUGGAGAAAUAUGACGAGGAGCUACUGGCAACCAUACGUGGAUUGGUCAGAACGUACGACGGCAAAGCCAGCGCGCUUUGGAUGGCGUGCGUAGGCAAUGUCGGGCCUUUUGCCCAGCACCUACUGGAUGCCGGGAUUGCAAAACGAGGAUGGGAUGGAACCCUACUUCCGGUCCCGGCAACAGAGAUCCAGAAAAUCACGUUGGGCAUGCCAUAUGACGAAGCUGAUGAGUGA